UUGGGCUGGAGCAUGACGAUUGCGAUGAUGACACGUGGUCCCUUAUUUGACGCGAUGGACCGUUACUUUAUAUAAUCCCUCAAAAACCGAAGACCCAACCCAAAAAAAAUUAAAAAUAAAAAAAUGGGACAAGCGACGUCGUCUACGGCGGAAUCGACCGGCAGAGAGAUAGAUCUUAGGCUAACCUCUCCGGUGAUUGUUGCCAGUAGAGAAGAAUCGAUGGAUUCGGGAAACAGCCCCGCGGCAAGCGAUCGUGAUUAUACUGAAGAUCUACCGGGUGAAUGUCUAGCUCACGUGUUCCAGUACCUCGGAGCUGGAGAUCGCAAGCGAUGCUCUCUCGUCUGCAAACGGUGGCUAUUCGUCGACGGUCAGAAUCGCCACCGGUUAUCUCUCGACGCUAGAGACGAGAUCUUCUCGUUCCUCCCGUCUAUGUUCGACCGGUUCGAUUCGGUUACGAAGCUCGCUCUCCGAUGCGAUCGGAAGUCUUUAAGCUUGAGCGACGAGGCUCUGGUGAUGAUCUCGGUCCGUUGCUCGAAUCUGACUCGCGUGAAGCUCCGCGGCUGCCGCGAGAUCACGGAUCUGGGGAUGGUGGAGUUCGCGAAGAACUGUGGGAAUCUGAAGAAGCUUUCCGUUGGAUCUUGUAACUUUGGAGCGAAAGGAGUUAACGCGAUGCUUGAAAAUUGCAAGCUUCUUGAGGAGUUGUCGGUGAAGAGACUCAGAGGGAUUCACGAGGCUCCUGAGUUGGUUUGUUCGUCGUCUUCGCUUAGAUCCGUCUGCUUGAAGGAGCUUGUUAAUGGACAGGUGUUCGAACCGUUGGUUGCUAAUACUAGAACAUUGAAAACUUUGAAGAUUAUUCGUUGUCUUGGUGAUUGGGAUAAAGUUCUUAAAACGAUAGGAGAAGGAGACAGCUCGUUGAGUGAGAUUCAUCUAGAGAGGCUGCAAGUUAGCGACUUUGGGCUUUCUGCGGUUUCUAAAUGCUCAAAGGUGGAGACUUUGCAUAUAGUGAAGACGCCGGAGUGCUCUAACUAUGGUUUGAUUGAUGUUGCGGAGAGAUGUAAGCUGCUGAGGAAGCUUCACAUUGAUGGGUGGAGGACUAAUAGGAUCGGUGAUGAAGGUCUGAUGGCGGUUGCGAAACACUGCUUGAACUUACAGGAGCUUGUGCUGAUUGGUGUUAACGCGACGCAUAUGAGUUUAGCCGCUAUUGCUUCAAACUGUCAGAAGCUGGAAAGAUUAGCGCUUUGCGGAAGUGGAACGAUAGGGGAUACAGAGAUUGCCUGCAUCGCUAAGAAAUGCGGGGCGUUGAGGAAGUUCUGUAUCAAAGGAUGUCCUGUAUCGGAUCUAGGGAUCGAGGCGCUAGCUGUUGGUUGUCCUAACCUGGUGAAGUUGAAGGUGAAGAAAUGUAAAGUGGUGACUGGAGAGAUUGGAGAAUGGCUGCGUGAACGAAGGAGGACCCUUGUGGUGUGUAUGGAUGGUGAUGGGAGUGAAGCAACGGUUGCGCCUGAUGGUGAGGUUGAGACGGUUAUGGGGGAGCCAAGAGUGGGUCAAGCUGGUGGUGCGGCGGAGGUUGGAUCAGGUAAUGGUGGAGGAAGUAGAUUAGCGAUGAUUAGAUCAAAGUUUGGGUUUCUUGGUGGAAGGAACUUGAUAACUUGCACAUUCAGGAGAUGGUCUCAUAAUGAUAAUGGUACUAGUUAUACUUGAUAUCUGGUAAUGGUAACUGUCAAAAAGCUUUCUUUCUUCUUUUGUAAUCCUCCCUUCAUGAUGUGUUUCAAACUGUGUGUAAGAAGAAGACUUGUCGAUUAGAAAAGUCAUUCCAUGUAAGAACAUUUAUGUGUUUCUUUCUUUUAUUAACUAUUGAUUUGUGGGCA